GCAAGGACCCCCGCCUCGGCCACCAUGUCCCGGCGUAGCCAGCGGCUGUCACGCUACUCCCAGGGGGACGAUGACAGUGGCAGCAGCAGCGGCGGGAGCUCCGUGGCGGGGGCCGCGACUCCCCUGUUCAAAGACAGCCCCCUCAGGACCCUGAAGAGGAAAUCGAGCACCCUGAAGCGCCUGUCGCCCGCGCCCUCGCUGGCCCCCGCCACGGACUCGCACACGUCCUACUACAGCGAGUCCAUGGUGCGGGAGUCCUACGUGGGCAGCCCGCGCGCCGUGUCGCUGGCCAGGAGCGCCCUGCUGGACAGCCAGCUGCACAGCGACCCCUACUGGGAUGAGGACUCACGGGUGAGGCGGCGCAGAGGCACGGGCGACACGGACAGCAGCAAGAUCAACGGGCUGGCGAGGACCAAGGGCGCCGAGGACUUCCUGGGGUCCUCCUCGGGCUACUCUUCGGAGGACGACUACCUGGGCUACACGGAGACGGAGGCGCGCAGCUCGGGCUCGCGGUUCCGGAGCGCCUUGUCCCGCGCCGGCUCCGUGGUGUGGGCGGUGGUCACUUCCCCAGGCCGCCUCUUCGGGCUCCUCUACUGGUGGGUUGGCACCACCUGGUACCGCCUGACCACCGCCGCCUCCCUCCUCGACGUCUUUGUUUUAACCAGGCGCUUUUCCUCCCUGAAGACCUUCCUCUGGUUCCUCCUCCUGCUCUUGCUCCUGACCGGCCUGACCUACGGUGCCUGGCACUUCUACCCAUACGGCCUGCAGGCCUUGCAGCCCGCCCUGGGCGCCUGGUGGGACGCGAAGGGCAGCGGCAGGCAGGGGCUCUGGGAGUCCCGAGACGCGUCCCCGCAUUUCCAGGCGGAGCAGCGCAUCCUGUCUCGGGUGCACUCGCUGGAGCGGCGCCUGGAGACGCUGGCGGCCGAGCUGUCGGCCAACUGGCAGAAGGAGGCCAUGAGGCUGGAGCGCCUGGAGCUGCGGCAGGGAGCGGCGACCGGCGACGGGGGCAGCCUGAGCCACGAGGACACGCUGGCCCUCCUGGAGGGGCUGGUCAGCCGCCGGGAGGCUGCCCUGAAGGAGGACUUCCGCCGGGACACGGCCGCGCGGAUCCAGGAGGAAGUGGCCGCGCUGCGGGCCGAGCACCAGCAGGACGCCGAGGACCUGUUCAAGAAGAUCGUGCAGGCCUCCCAGGAGUCUGAGGCCCGGCUCCAGCAGCUCAAGUCCGAGUGGCAGAGGACCACCCAGGCCUCGUUCCGCGAGAGCUCCACGCAGGAGCUGGGGCGGCUGGAGGCGCAGCUGGCCGGGCUGCGGCAGGAGCUGGCGGCGCUGGCCGGGAAGCAGGGCUCCGUGGAGGACCGGCUGGGGCUUCUGCCGCAGCAGAUGCAGGCCGUGCGGGACGACGUGGAGUCCCAGUUCCCGGCCUGGCUCAGCCAGUUCCUCGCCCGCGGUGGGGGCGCCCGCGCGGGGCUGCUCCAGCGAGAGGAUGUGGAGGCGCAGCUGCGGGACCUGGAGCGCAAGAUCCUCGCCCACGUGGCCGAGGCGCAGGGCAAGUCGGCCCGCGAGGCCGCGGCCAGCCUGGGGCUGACGCUGCAGAAGGAAGGCGUGAUCGGGGUGACCGAGGAGCAGGUGCACCGCAUCGUGAAGCAGGCGCUGACGCGCUACAGCGAGGACCGCAUCUCCAUGGUGGACUACGCCCUGGAGUCGGGAGGGGCCAGCGUGGUCAGCACCCGGUGCUCCGAGACCUACGAGACCAAGACGGCGCUGCUCAGUCUCUUUGGCAUCCCCCUGUGGUACCACUCGCAGUCGCCCCGCGUCAUCCUCCAGCCAGACGUGCACCCAGGCAACUGCUGGGCCUUCCAGGGGCCGCAGGGCUUCGCCGUGGUGCGGCUCUCGGCCCGCGUGCGCCCCACCGCCGUCACCUUAGAGCACGUGCCCAAGUCGCUGUCGCCCAACCGCACCAUCUCCAGCGCCCCCCGGGACUUCGCCGUGCUGGGCUUCGAUGAGGACCUGCAGCAGGAAGGGACGCUCCUGGGCCAGUUCACCUACGACCAGGACGGGGAGCCCAUUCAGACGUUCUAUUUCCAGGACCCCAAGAUGGCCAGCUAUCAGGUGGUGGAGCUGCGGGUGCUGACCAACUGGGGCCACCCCGAGUACACCUGCAUCUACCGCUUCCGGGUGCACGGGGAGCCCACCCACUAGCGUGCCCCCCGGGUGCACGCCCGCUCUCAGGGCCCCUCCGGGGAAGGGGGCACACCCCCCGCCGCCCGCCCCACUCCCGUGAUCCGCACUGACUCGGGGCGCACACCGGAGGUCCUGCAGCCCAGCGCCAUGCAGGCCCCUGGCCCUGGGCCGCCCCCAGAGGAUGUAAAUACUCAAGCCCGUGCUGGGCUGCUGUCGGGGGGCGCUGCUGGCUGGACUUGUGCCAAAGCCGAGGAGACCCAGGCCCUGGGUCAGGCCAGAGGGCCCUCCGGGAGGAGGUGCCCGGCGUGGGGGAUCGACUCCCGCUACAAAGCCCUGGACUCUUCUAGAAGGCCUGUGCCACCACUGGGGGGUGCCUGGAUCUGGCUCGGAGGCGCUUCUCUGCACUGUAUUUGCCCCCGGGGUAUGCAGGCCUCUGGCUCCUGGGCCCCGAGGGCAAAGUGCCAACCCUGGGGCCCCCUCUCCCUGGGGCAGGAAGUCUCCUGAGGCCACAGGCACCGGGGGUCGCCACACUGUGGUCCUCCUCACUCUUUCCUUUCUGGGCGUUUUUCUAAGGGAGCCGUG